AUGUUAACUCAUACCUCACAGGUAUCUCGAUUUUCUAUAGAAAUUAGCUUUGAUUUAAGUACAAAGCUUGGAAAGUGCUACAAUGUUUCUCAUCAAUAUGAAUCCAUGAAUGAAACGUUGUGUUUGGAAAUCCUUUGUUUGAAAAUUAUUAUGGAUUUCCCACAGGGGUCGGAAGCCGAAGCGGUAGCGGAAGCGGAAGCUUAA